GCCCCUGCGUGCCUGAGUCUGGGGGGUGGUCUGGGUCUGUUUGUUAAAUGGUGGCCGUGCACGUGGCCAAAGUCGUGCUCCCCGGCCAUCUCGCUGCUUUACGUGCGGAGCUUUGCGUCCUGCCACCCAAAAAGCACGGUCUCUCUUAAUAGGUGGAGCCGUUACGGUCCGGUCCCCGCACGGCAGUGCCUCAGCGCGGGGCCGCCCUGGGGCUCCUUCAGCGCCAGGCGGGAACGACCGAGCGUGUGUGUGUGUGUGUGCGCGCAGCGUGCCACAUUGCUCCAGUGAAUUAUUUAGUUGGGUUUCUGUACGGUGAUGCUUGAACUUUUUCAUACGCCUGAAUACUGGCGUACUUGUGGGAAUAUUCCCUCUUAACUCUGCUUGGUUUGGUUUUGCAGUGCCCGCGGCACAUGUGCAUAGGAGGGAAACGCGCGGAAUGUUUUAAGCUUCCGUGGGCCCUCGGUCCCAUUGCUAACGUGCAGGACCUCGGUGCCUCGCCCUGGGUCACAUCCAUCCCUCUGUUGUGUAAUUCUGGAUGUGUGAGCAGAGGUUUUGGGGCUGGGGAAGAGAAGGCGCUGCCUUUGGCCAAAAGAAGCGUUCAGGAGUGGAGAAACAAUCUUUGAUUGCUCAUGUUUUCCAUGUAAUGCAGAGGGCUCUGCUGUCCAAAUUAGUUUUUAUAGGGGCUCUUUCUGGUUUUUCUCGUGUAUUUGAGCUAAAUAUUUUGAUGAAGUUAUACACUUGGGAAUGUGGAAUGGUGGCCACAAAAUCACAUUUCAUGUCGCAGUCUGGAAGUUUGGAGGGCUGCCCUCCUCCCUUCCAUGACAGGACAAUUACAUGCACUUACAGGGUCUCCCCUUCUCUGCAAACGACCUGAAGCUCAUCACAGCUUGACUUCGAGUGGGAACAAACCCGAUGAGUCUUCUAUCUGUCAGCUUAUCUAUACUAAUUUAAAGUUACAUAGCAUGGGAGGCACAAUACCACCUGCUCCAGCCAGUACUUCCACAGAUGAGACAAGCAAGGGCAAAGCAGAAGAAAAGCCAGAGGAACCAGUUAAAUCUCCAGAGCCAGAAAGUGAAGAGAGUGACUUAGAAAUUGACAAUGAGGGAGUGAUUGAGCCUGAUAAUGAUGAGCCUCAAGAAAUGGGAGAUGAAAACGUGGAGGUAACUGAAGAGAUGAUGGAUCAAGCUAAUGAGAAGAAAAUGGAAGCUAUCAAUGCUCUGAGUGAAGGUGAACUUCAGAAGGCUGUCGACUUGUUCACAGAUGCUAUCAAGCUGAAUCCUUGCUUGGCUAUCUUGUAUGCCAAGAGAGCAAGUGUGUUUGUGAAACUACAGAAGCCAAACGCUGCCAUUAGGGAUUGCGACAGAGCCAUCAAGAUUAAUCCUGACUCAGCACAGACUUACAAAUGGAGGGGGAAAGCACAUAGACUUCUGGGUCACUGGGAGGAGGCUGCUCACGAUCUUGCACUAGCCUGUAAACUGGAUUAUGAUGAAGAUGCUAGCGCCAUGCUGAAGGAGGUGCAACCAAGGGCUCAGAAAAUUGCAGAACAUCGCCGAAAGUAUGAACGGAAACGUGAAGAAAAGGAAAUCAAGGAGAGAAUGGAAAGAGUGAAGAAGGCACGAGAGGAGCAUGAGAGGGCACAAAGGGAGGAAGAAGCAAGACGACAAGCAGGAGGAGCUCAAUUUGGUGGUUUCCCAGGUGGCUUCCCAGGUGGAUUUCCUGGGGCUAUGCCUGGAGGUAUGCCGGGAAUGGCAGGUAUGCCGGGUCUCAAUGAGAUUCUCAGUGAUCCAGAAGUCCUUGCGGCCAUGCAGGAUCCAGAAGUUAUGGCUGCAUUCCAAGACGUUGCCCAGAACCCAGCAAAUAUGUCCAAGUACCAGAACAAUCCCAAGGUCAUGAGUCUCAUCAGUAAAUUGUCUGCUAAGUUUGGCAGUAAACCAUAAAAUCGCCGGUUCAUAAAAAUCACUUUUGAAUGGGAAGGAUUGAUUUGGCUAACCAGUGUUGCAAUAAAACAAACCAUUGUACCUCUGAUCUUCUUAAGAAGAGAAACUGUGUUCUAAGAAGAACUGCUCUCUAGCCCCAAAUGUUGACUUUAUUCAGUGAUCGGUUUACAGCACUCAAAUUAUAUUCAGAUGACCUAGUUUAAGCCAUGCCUCCUUGUCCAAGAGUUGCAACGUUUUACUGCAAGUAUUAAAUACAGUUUAACAUUCCUGUGAGAAAUAUUCCAGGAGUGUAAGAUAAAAGCCUCUUUUUUUGCUUGUUUGUUUUGUGGGGUUUUCUAUCAUUUCUUUUUUUUCUUCAAUUACUUUUUCCUCAGUGAACAAAAAGGAAGGAACUUAGAUGAAGUCUGUCUUAAUCCAGUUAGGACAGAAAAACUGGCCUACUCACAAGUAGCAAAGGUGGGGUGAAUCUGAAGAAUUAACUGGAUAAAGGAAUUGCCUGCAAAUACAACUCCGUAUUUUUUUCUUAAAUGUGUGACUGGCUUUAUAUAGAUACUAAAACGAUCAAAAUAACCAUGAUAGUUAGUUACACACUGGAACUUCUGGUAGUACUGCAAAUAUUACAUUAUUUUGAUCACCACAAUUGUACAGCAAAGGUGCUGUCCUAUCCUUUACACAACCUGGCAUGAAGUACGUGUUGCGGAGGCCACAGAAGCUUUGUUACUUGUUCAGUUAUUGUCUAGCAUGUUUAUGUAAUGUUGGGAUUUUUUUUUCUUUUUUUAAUCAGUCUGGGUAUGGGAGAGCAGCUUACUGUCUGUGCUUGUGCUCUUGUCCUUGCCCAGUUGGCAGGUCCUCAUCUGGUAGCACUCGCCCUUCCUUGGGGCUCGCUUGCCAGGUUUCAUCUAUUGGAAACUUUAGGGAAGGAAUCUGUUCCCAUUGCUACCUCUGUCUCAUUGAAUGCAAGCCAUCCAGAACAUGUAAAUACACAGUUAUAAAUUGGUGACAGGGAGAAUACCCUACAAAGUUCCAGCUCGGGGUUCUGAAUUGGUUUGAGUCCUUACACGCUUACAGAUAAAAUUUAUUGGCUGAAGUCUUGUGUCUGUGUGGAGAGCAUGACUCUUUCUCUAGCAUGUGUUGUAGUCUUCCAUCUUUCCUUUUUUUUUUAAUUAUUUUUAUUUUUUAAGAAAAAGAGGUAGGUGGGGAGAGGGGAGAGGAAGAAGGUAUUUUUGUGAUGUCAUACUUCCAUGGUUUCGAGACUUGGGAUACAGAGGAAAAGAUGAGGUAACUAGAGCAGACAGAACAUUCUUCUAAUUGUAGAAUGCUUCUGAAUUCUGAGAUAUCCUUGAAGCUGUUUCUGUGCUGUUAAUGAUGUUCAGUUGAUUUGUCUACUGUAAGGACCAGUGUUGCCUCUGUUUGUCUUAGCUAAAACAUCUUUCUGUGCAAAAAUGGUCAUAAUUAACUGUUCACUGCUUGAGUCUCAACAUUCGUUAUUCUUUUGUAGUUCUGUAUCUUAAGCCACAACUGUUACCAUUUUAAAUUAAAUCUGGAUUGGUGUAGGAGCUCAACUAAAGUAAAUCCCCGAAUGCUUUUUCUCAUACUAAUGACCCUGCAGAAUAAAAUGUGAAUCUUUUUGCUUAAGAAAUAUAGUUCUGAAUACUUCUAGCAGCCUUUCAAAAUAAAGUAUGGUUUUGGAAAAUAACUUUUUGGAUUUGCGUAGCUUUCUGAUAAAACCUAUUUUGCUGAAAUUAAAUAUGGGAAUGGUUCAAUUAAACUGUAUAUAUAUGACCUGAGAUUUAAAUUAGAACUAAGUGCUUAAUGGUUUGUCUUCAUGACCAAGCAAAUUCAAGCUAUGAUGGAGUGUUGCUUUGUGCCCGGCUUUUGAUCAUGCUCUGAUCUCCUGUUCCCAAGGGGAGAGGUUUGAACUAGGCCACCCCUCAGCAUAGGCUGAAACUCUUGCUUUAUUCAUGCUGUUGCAUGUGUGCUCUGCGUGACUUAGUCUUUAAUACAGAUUCAUUCCCUACGGUUUCCUCUUAUUCUCUCUUGGCUGUUUAUAUCUGUCUACCCAUGGCUAGUCAGAAGCUACCCCAGUAGAAAUGGUCAUUCGUGUGUCCUGUCUGCUUGCUUACACAUCAGUUACCCUCAUUCAGAGCUAAUUGAUGCUAACAAAAUGUUCUCCCAGUUCUUUUGGUUUUAGCCUUAGCAGUGUAGCUGAAUUCUUGUGUCUGUUUGGGAAUGCACGUCCCAUGACUCGUUUAUGUGGUCUUUGUUUUCUUUUCAGUGCUAUCUGGUAAGAUAGUUGAAGAGAUCUCUGGACCUCAUCUCAGUUCCCCAGGAUACUGCAUUGACAUCUAAGCAGCUAAACUGCUUUGAACAGAAGUGCAAGUGCAAAAACGUAGCUGCACUGGAGAAGAGCAAAGAUGAGGAUAGUUCCUGUUCUGGGGUACAGGUAGCUAUAUGAGCAAGUAACUUUUCUGUUCAGCGCUUGCUCGUGUUUAAUGGCAGCUCCUUCAGGUUAAUUGCUCCAUUGCAGCACAGAGUAGGGAUUGUGCUUAUCAGUACAGUGGUAGUAAUCAGCUUAGCUGACAACUUGACUUUGAGAACAGAACGUUUUGAAAAAUUGCUCUCAUUUCACUGUUGAACUGUGAAUAAAGGGCGCUUGCCAAAGUAGUUUGGUUUUCCUUAUAUUGGAAGGCGGUGAUCAGAUGGGUGGGAGCCAGACUGUCUCAAAGUUGGACGAAACUGGGCAGAAUGGGUAUUAAAUGGCAGAAAUUAGUAUUAAAAGCCAUGUGAAGGUAAAUCCAUGUGGUGAAACAGCGCUGCUGGCUAUUUGCAACAAGCUAGAGUUCCAGAUAACCUGUCUUGAGAAACACCACUGCGAUUUUCUUGUUACCUCACAGGGCAUGUGGAAGUAAACAGUGUCGCUAUGGGAGCUUGUAGGAACUGCUGUCUGAACAUUCUUCAUCCAAAGGGACAGGAAGUAAGGGCCUUAGCCAGGAUGAGCUGGAGUCAGGACAGCUUAGUGUACCUUCCUAUGGGUUGUAGCACGCUCCUGAUGGGAAAUGUUUGGAGCCCUUUGGAAAUCCCACAGGGCAUCUAGGGUGUGUGCAGUGAUUUUGUGAUUGUAGAGCAGGUGGAUUUUUUGGGAGUUGUGGUAGAGGCUGGAGAGUUGUUUCAUCAGCUGCAGCCUAGUCUGGAAGUGGCUGGUGCCAGUGUGGAAGUGAAUUGGUGUCCUCAAGCAGGAGAGUGAUAAGGUAGGAAUAUGGUAGCAGGAUGUCAUCAUUCUGGUGCUUAGAGAAAGAUGUCUCAUGAACCUCUUUCAGAGCUCUGCAGAGGUGAGCCUCAACCUUACUUUGUACAGUGGUUCAACAUACUGUAGAAAUGUGAUUCUGAAUUAACAAAGAGAUGGAGUGAAAAUAAAACUUCCACAGACAACUGUGUUGAGCUUUACAGGGCAAGUCAUUAGAGUUUCAGUAGAGUGAUACAAGCAAAUGCAAGUACGGGUGAAACAGGAACAGUUUUAGUGUCAUAAUAAAAUAGAUCUGGUCAUGUGGUGACUGGCAGAUUUGUGCUAUAAAGCAACGAAAAUUUUCAGGUGUCUCUGGGGUACAAAUAGUUGAUCACCUUGUGAAUCAGAGCUUAGGUAAAUCGCAUUCUCCUGGUGUGGUCCCCACAAACAGGAACUUUGUGAGACAAAGCUUCCUUCGUCCCCUCUGACUGGAGGUCCUAUUGAAUGUAAAUACCAAGGACUGUCCCUUAAAUCUGAGUCUUGAUAACUAACCAAGGCAAGAUGUUAACUUACAAUUUUGCUAAUUAAUUGUGUUAUUACUGUACCUGUUUGAUGUACAAACACGCUUUGGAAAUGUAUAUUCUAGAUGAAUGGUCUCAGACAAGCUUGAGAUCUGCUUGUCAAUAAAUAAAUGUAUUUGCAGAA